AUGGAGGGACCAUUGAACCCAGGGGCCCCGAAUGGCAGCAGCAUCCGCACACCCAGCCCCUCACCGCCCUCGAUAGACCCCCAGCUCAUCGUCGACCACCUGGAAAAGGUGCUCGAUGUCAGUCUGGGCGCCUCCGAGCCGGACCUGUACGCCCCCGGCAGCCUGCUGUCGCCGGCCAAGCUGCCGGACACGCUGCAGCGAUGCGCCCGCUUUGCCUCCGAGGGCCAGUCGGUGCUGUACGUGGUCAAGGACCGAGCAGACGAGGCUCGCAUCGACGGCAUCGACGGCGCAAACGGCGCAGGCGCCCCUCAGCGCUAUACCUACACCCUCUCGAGCGAGAUCACGGCCUCUCCUACUUGCGCCGCCUUUGUUGUUAUUUCCAAGCGACCGAUACCCAUAGACGCUGCGAUACCCCUUAGCCAGCAGGUCCUUAUCCAGACGCUGCCCGGCUUUAUACUUUCUAAUAACGCUUCUUCGCCCGACGGCACGCCGUAUGAGUUUCUUCGUUCGCUUAUUCAGUCGGCCGUCGAGCCCUACUUUGAUACCUACACCAAGAGCCAGCGCGACCUGGCGGGGAAAUACAGCAAGGGCGACAACGAUGCGAGGACGGGCAUUUCGGCUACUAGGAAGAAGAUUGCCGAGUUGGCUGUGAGUCUGGGCAAUCUCGAGCAGAAUGUCGAGAUUCCCGAAUUGCUUUUGCCGCUGCACCCCCUCAUUCAGACGGCCCUGGAAGAGGCCAGCCAGCGUGGCGUGAAACCCUCUCCUGAGCUGAUCCCCGCGACCAUUGUGCAAGACAGCAGCUUUCUCAACGGACUGCAGGCGACAGUCAACGGUUGGAUCAAGUCGAUACAGACCAUCACCAAGACCUCUCGGGAUGUGUCCACUGGCACUGCGGCGCAGGAAAUCAACUUCUGGAUUUCCAUGGAGUCCAGGCUGCACGAUAUUGAAACCCAACUCGGUAGUCCCGGCGUCAGGCUUACGCUGGACGUGUUGAAGAAUGCAAAGCGUUUCCAGGCGACUGUGAGUUUCAGCGCAGACACUGGUCUGAAGGAAAGCACGGAUCUUGUGCAAAAGUACAACCAGCUUAUGCGCGAGUUUCCGCUCGACCAGCUACUGUCUUCAACUUCGCUCCAGGCAGUCCAGGAAGCAAUCCAGUCCAUUUUCAGCCACAUGAACAAGAAGCUCCGCAUCUGCCCGUACCCUGUCCGUCGUGCUCUCCCUCUUGUUGAAGCGAUUUCGGGUGAUCUCGACAAACAAUUGCACAGCUUGCUCCACGGCAAGACGCUCAUGCACAUGGAUUACCCCGAGUUCCAGGCUAUAAUGGCGGUUGCUGAGAGCAUCUGGCGUACCUGGGAGGAGAAUGUCAAGGAGUUCACCAACGUUGCGCGUGAAGUGACGAGGAGGCGGAAUGAGAAGUUCAUCCCGAUCAAGAUUGCAGCGCGACACAAGGAGAUGGAGGAGCGCAUUCGCUACAUUACUACUUUCCGCAAGAACCACGAGCAACUGCAGCGAACCAUUGUCAAUGUGUUGGGAUCGCAGUCGUCUUUGUCUGAGAGCGCGCCAGCCAAGGAGGCGGUCAUCAUCGAGGAGAUUGGUGAUGUGGAUGCCGUCAAGGAGGUCAAGGAAGCCUACGACGUUUUGAAGGACGUUGAUGUUCUGGAUGUGUCGCCCGAGGGCACACGGCUGUUUGAGCAGGCAGAACAAAAGUACAACGAGCGCACAUCGCGUGUCGAGAACUCAAUCAUUGCAAGGCUCAGGGACCGCCUUGGUACCGCCAAGACGGCUAGUGAGAUGUUCCGCGUCUUCUCCAAGUUCAACCCGCUGUUUGUGCGGCCAAAGAUUCGGGGCGCCAUCUCAGAGUAUCAGACGCAGCUCAUUGAGAAUGUCAAGCAGGACAUCCUGGCUCUCCAUGAGCGCUUCAAGCGCCAAUAUGGUAACUCUGAAGCCCAUGCCAUGGCGCAGCUUCGCGACUUCCCUCCAGUAUCUGGUGCUGUCAUUUGGGCUCGUCAGAUUGAAACACAGCUGGAGAGCUACAUGGGCAAGGUCGAGGACAUUCUCGGCAAGGACUGGGCGCUCCAUACCGAAGGUCAGAAGCUCCAGGCUGAGAGCAGCAUGUUCAAGAAGAAGCUCGACACCCGGCCCAUCUUUGAGUCAUGGCUUCAAGAAGUUGCGCGAAGGAAGCUGUCAAUUUCCGGACGACUCUUCCUUGUCAACAGGAAUCGUGCCGCUGGCAACAUUCUCGAGCUGAAUGUCAACUUUGACGCCCAAGUCAUUGCCCUAUUCAAGGAGGUUCGUAACUUGACUUGGCGUGGAUACCAGGUUCCGCAUGGUAUCAACAACAUUUCCAAGGAGGCCAAGCGUGUCUAUCCUUAUGCAGUCAGCCUCAUGGAGAGCGUCCGCACGUACACUCAGACUGUGCGCUCAAUCACUGAGAUGGGUAGCGUCGCGCUUCUUCUCAACAACUAUGUCAACGAUGUUCAGGCACUCGUCGGCAAAGGUGUGCCUCUCAAGUGGGAAUCCUUUGUUCACGCUUACGACCUUCAUGUCCGACAGUCUGGUUUCCCUGUUGGUGGUGGCAGUGUCCGCAGCGAAAGCAAGCACGUCCAGUUCGUUCGCGACUUUGCUGCUGCGACGUCUCUGCUUCAGUUGAAAGUCGGCACUUUGGUGAACAUCAAUGCUGUGAUUGAGAAGGCAUUGAAGGACCUGGAAACAUGCGCUUACACCAAAGACGCAUUCCAGCAAAACCUAGAGACCAUCCAAAAGUCGAUUGAUCAGCUGAACCUUGAGAACUACGCCAACCUUGCUUCUUGGGUUGCUGACAUGAACGCACGCAUCGAGUCUAUCUUGCUGGUCCGACUAAGCAGAGCCAUUGCUUUGUGGAUUGAAAUCUUCAACAACGCCGACGAAGAGAACCAAGACCGGCGCCCAGUCAGCGAGCCGGCUUCUACAGAGCUACCAGAAGUCAAGCCGACUUUGGCUCAGUUGACGCUCGAGAUUACGAUGCGAAACCAGGUCAUUUACCUCAGUCCUCCUGUCGAAUACGCUCGAGCAAGCUGGCUUGAACAACUCCAACAGUGGCUUGCAAUUGUUUGCACGCUCCAGAAGAUCAAGGCUUCUCGAUACGAGAUCCGUCUCGAAGCGACCAACGAUACCUCUGUCAACCAGUUCUCGGACCUGCCGAGCCGAUGCACCGAGUCGCUCAUUGAAGUCUACGGCGCUGUAGAAGGCAAGCUGCGCGACAUCUCCUCUUACGUCGAUGAGUGGCUGCAGUUCCAAUCUCUGUGGGAUCUGCAGUCUGAUCAUGUUUACGACAUCCUUGGUGAAGAUCUCUCCCGGUGGUUGCAAUUGCUCCAGGAGAUUCGCAAGACGCGCGCCACCUUUGAUAACUCGGACAUUAGCCGCCAGUUUGGCUAUGUCACGGUCGACUACGACCAAGUGCAGGUCAAGGUCAACGCCAAAUACGACCAGUGGCAGCAGGAGAUCCUUACCAAGUUUGCCAGCAGGCUUGGUCAGCGUAUGAACGACGUCUAUGUACAGAUCGAGAAGGCCCGUAAGGAUCUAGAAAUGCAGACUCUUGAGGCAUCCUCUACUGCUCAGGCGGUCUCAUUCAUCACCACUGUUCAGCAGUGCAAGAGGAAGGUCAUGGAGUGGGAGCCGGAGAUCUCUACAUUCCGUCAGGGUCAAGCUACGUUAGCCCGUCAGCGCUACCAGUUCCCGUCGGACUGGCUCCAGAUGGAACAAAUUGACCACGAAUGGCAGACGCUGAAUGAAGUCUUGGAGAGGAAGACCAAGAUUGCAAAUGACCAGGCUGACGGACUGAGAGCUAAGAUUGCUGCCGAGGACAAGGUUGUUAAUCAGAAGAUUGUGGACAUCACGGGAGAGUGGGCUGAGGAGAAGCCUGUGGCUGGCAACCUUGCGCCUGCGGAUGCUUCGGCCAUUCUAGCCAAAUUCGACCAGAAGCUCAGCCAACUUCAGCAUGAGUCCAGCAAUAUUUCGAAAGCCAAGGAAGCUCUCGGCUUGCCUCCUUCCCCUGAGAAUGCGCUCGAGACUCUCCUGGAAGAAGUGCAGGAUUUCAAGUCUGUCUGGUCAGCGCUCGGCACGAUCUGGGCAAGCAUUGACGAUCUCCGUGAGGUCUUGUGGACUAGUAUUCAGCCCCGCAAGCUGCGACAGAAUCUUGACAACCUUCUCAAGAUGACCAAGGACAUGCCCAGCCGCAUGCGACAGUACCAGGCUUUUGAAUAUGUCCAGACUACAUUGAAGCAGCUACUCAAGGAGAAUGCGAUCCUCGCAGAGUUGCGCUCCGAUGCAGUCAAGGAGCGCCACUGGGCCAGGAUCUUCAAGAACUUGAGGCCACACAAGCGAUAUUCUCCCAUCUCAAUGACUCUCGGUGAUGUCUGGGACCUCAAGCUUGGUCCUAGCGAGAAGAUUAUCCGCGAUGUCAUUACCCAAGCUGCAGGUGAAAUGGCACUGGAAGAGUUCCUCAAGCAGGUCCGCGAGACUUGGCAAAACUACGCUCUUGAGCUUGUCAACUACCAGAACAAGUGCCGUCUCAUUAGGGGUUGGGACGACUUGUUUGCCAAGUGCAGUGAGAACCUCAACUCUCUUCAAGCUAUGCGACAUUCACCCUACUACAAAGAGUUUGAGGAAGAAGCUUCAUCCUGGGAAGACAAGCUCAACCGUGUGCAUGUCCUUUUCGACGUCUGGAUCGAUGUUCAGCGUCAAUGGGUGUAUCUCGAGGGCGUGUUCACAGGUAACGCUGAUAUCAAGCACCUACUCCCUAUGGAGUCGGCUCGUUUCCAGAACAUCAACUCUGAGUUCUUGUCCGUCAUGAAGAAGGUCUCGCGUCAGCCGUUUGUACUCGAAGUGCUCAACAUUUCCGGCGUACAAAAGUCACUUGAACGUCUUGCUGAACUUCUUAACAAGAUCCAAAAGGCCCUUGGAGAGUACCUCGAGCGCGAGCGUGUUUCGUUCCCUCGUUUCUACUUUGUUGGUGACGAAGACUUGCUGGAGAUUAUUGGUAACAGCAACGACGUUCUACGCAUCGCUAAGCACCUGCGGAAGAUGUUCGCUGGUAUCUCUGGACUUGUUACCGAUGAGGACGGAGUCAUUCAAGGAUUCACUUCCAAGGAGGGAGAAGAGGUCCAGCUUCGAAAGGAAAUCUCGCUCGUCAAGACACCCAGGAUCAACGAAUGGCUUGGUGCUCUCGAGAUGAACAUGAAGACCACGCUCGCAGAACUUACUUUUGAAGCCUACGAAGAGUUUGCGCAACUCAUUGAGCCUGAUAUGAUGGAUGCGGCGGCCUUUAUGGAAUACAUUGCAAGGUACCCAGCUCAAGUUGUUGUCCUCGGAACGCAGAUUGCUUGGACCCAUGCUGUGGAGAGGUCCCUUGCCGAAGAAGGUGCUACCCUACCCAAGCUGUACGAGAAGCAGGUCAAUGUUCUCAAAUUGCUCGCCACUGCUGUCCUGGGUGACCUUGAACCCAUUCAGCGCCGCAAGUGCGAGGAUCUCAUCACCGAAUUCGUCCACCAGCGCGAUGUCAUCCACAAGCUGGAAAAGGUUGGUGCGCGUUCGCCAACGCACCACAUGUGGCUUCUUUGCAUGCGCUACGUAUAUGAGCCUGGCAACGAUCUGCUUCAGCGAUUGCGGAUCAAGAUGGCAAAUGCUGUUCUUGAUUAUGGUUUCGAGUACUUGGGUGUCGCCGAUCGCCUUGUGCGCACGCCUCUUACAGAUCGCUGCUUCCUUACUCUUACCCAGGCCCUUUGUCAGCGACUUGGUGGUUCUCCAUACGGUCCAGCUGGUACUGGUAAGACCGAAUCAGUCAAAGCUCUUGGUGUGCAGCUUGGUCGCUUUACUCUGGUCUUCUGCUGUGACGACACAUUCGAUUUCCAGGCCAUGGGUCGUAUCUUCCUUGGUAUCUGCCAAGUCGGUGCUUGGGGUUGUUUUGACGAGUUCAACCGUUUGGAAGAGCGUAUCCUUUCGGCCGUGUCUCAACAGAUUCAGAACAUCCAGCUCGGCCUCAAGAAGGGCGCAGAAGACGAGAAGUCGUCGAUUGAACUCAUCGGUCGCCAGCUUAAAGUCAACGGUAAUACCGGAGUUUUCAUCACUAUGAACCCUGGCUACGCAGGUCGCUCAAACUUGCCUGACAACCUCAAGAAGCUCUUCCGAAGUGUAGCCAUGUCUAAGCCUGACAAGGAGCUUAUUGCUGAAGUCAUGCUGUACUCCCAGGGUUUCUCUCAAGCAAAGGAGCUGUCGAAGCAAGUUGUACCUUUCUUCGACAGGUGUUCAUCAGGACUCUCCAAGCAGGCCCAUUACGACUUUGGUCUCCGUGCAUUGAAGAGUGUGCUUGUCAGCUCUGGUGGAUUGAAGCGCGCUCGUCUCGCUCACCAACAAGAACCGCAGUCGCUGGGUGAAGAGGGCAUGGAGCCUCAGAUCAUCAUCCAGAGUUUGCGCGAGACCAUAGCGCCAAAGCUCAUCCGCUCCGAUGUCGAGCUCAUGAUGAAUAUCCAGGAAGAGUCUUUCCCUGGUGUUCAGUACAUUCCUGCUCCUCUCGAUAAGCUGACUGCGGCGAUUCACAAGUGCGCUGCAGAAUCCAAGCUCGUUGUCAGCGAUUCAUGGAUGACCAAGAUUAUUCAGCUGUACCAAAUUCAGAAGCUCCACCACGGUGUCAUGAUGGUUGGUUCCUCCGGCUCUGGAAAGUCUGCAGCAUGGAGAACACUUCUCUCCGCUCUGCAAGCUGUAGAGGGCGUCGAGGGCGUUUGCCAUGUUAUUGAUCCCAAGGUCAUGUCCAAGGAACAGCUCUACGGAACGCUCGACAGUACCACGCGCGAGUGGACAGACGGUCUUUUCACCAGCAUCUUGCGUAAGAUUGUAGAUAACCUCCGUGGCGAAGACAGCAAACGCCACUGGAUCGUGUUCGAUGGUGAUGUCGAUCCCGAAUGGGUUGAGAACUUGAACUCUGUGCUCGAUGACAACAAGCUUCUCACGCUGCCAAACGGAGAGCGUCUCAACCUUCCAUCCAACGUCCGCAUCAUGUUCGAAGUUGAGACGCUCAACGACGACACUGUUGAGGUCGACAUGAUGAUCAAGAACUAUAUUGAACAUCUCAAGACGGUGCCAUUCGAGGAUAUUGAAGACGACUCGGUCGCUCCCGGACAAAUGUCCCAGAAGACACUGACGACUCAAGGUGUCAUUGCGGACUUCCUGCACAUCAAGCUCACCCAGGAUCGCUUCAUUGAAAAGGCUCUCAGCAUGGCGAGGAAAUUCAAGCACAUCAUGGAGUACACCGACAUUCGCGCUCUCAACACGCUGUUCUCGUUGCUGAACAAAGCAUGCCGCAAUGUGCUGGAGUACAACGUGCAACACCCAGACUUCUCGCUUGAAGACGACAAGAUGGAGACAUACCUUGCCAAGAAGCUGCUCGUUGCCCUUGUGUGGGCAUUGGUUGGUGACUGCCCUCUGAUGGAGCGCAAGCAAUUUGGUGACCUCAUCGCUGGACUUACCGAUGUCGAACUUCCUACUCUCAACGAGUCUACUUCACUCAUCGACUACGAUGUCAAGCCUGACAGGCCCGAGUGGGACACAUGGCAGAGUCAGGUGCCCAAUGUCGAAGUCAACACUCAUUCCGUUACCCAAACAGAUGUGGUCAUUCCUACGCUCGAUACUGUUCGACAUGAAGACGUCCUUUACUCUUGGCUCGCAGAACACAAGCCUCUGCUUCUCUGUGGUCCUCCAGGUUCCGGAAAGACCAUGACUUUGUUCAGCGCACUUCGCAAGCUUCCCAACAUGCAGGUCGUGGGUCUCAAUUUCUCCAGCGCGACUACACCGGAUCUCCUCAUCAAGACCUUCGAGCAGUACUGCGAAUACAAGAAGACGCUCAAUGGUGUUCAGCUUACUCCUACACAAGUUGGUCGUUGGCUGGUCAUCUUCUGCGAUGAGAUCAACUUGCCAGCCCCAGACAAGUACGGCACUCAGCGAGCCAUCUCGUUCCUGCGACAGCUUGUUGAGCACAAUGGCUUCUGGAGGACGUCCGACAAGACAUGGGUUACGCUUGACCGCAUUCAAUUCGUUGGUGCUUGUAACCCUCCAACCGACGCUGGUCGUACGCCCAUGGGCCUUCGAUUCUUGCGCCACGCUCCGCUCAUCAUGGUUGAUUACCCUGGAGAGCAGUCGCUUCUUCAGAUCUACGGCACCUUCAACGCUGCGGUACUCAAGAUCAUUCCGACACUGCGCGGUUAUGCCGACGCUCUCACCAAGGCGAUGGUACAACUUUACAGCGAAUCGCAGAAGCGCUUUACGCCUGACAUUCAGCCUCACUACGUCUACUCGCCCCGUGAGCUUACUCGCUGGGUUCGUGGUAUCUAUGAGGCUCUGCGACCACUUGAGACUCUACCGGUUGAGGGGCUUGUUAGGAUCUGGGCGCACGAAGCCCUGCGUCUGUUCCAGGACCGUCUUAUCGCAGAAGAGGAGAGGCAAUGGACCGAAGAAUGCGUCCACCGCGUUGCUACUGAGCACUUCCCCACGAUCGAUGAGGAGAAGGCUCUUGGAGGCCCCAUCCUGUUCUCCAACUGGCUUUCAAAGAACUACGUACCAGUUGAGCGUGAACAACUCCGAGAGUUCGUCAAGGCACGUCUGCGAACCUUCUGUGAAGAAGAGGUUGACGUUCCUCUUAUUCUCUUCAACGAUGUGCUGGAGCAUGUCCUUCGCAUUGAUCGUGUCUUCCGCCAGCCACAAGGUCACCUUAUCCUUAUUGGUGUCAGUGGAUCCGGAAAGACUACUUUGUCGCGUUUCGUCGCCUGGAUGAACGGGUUGAGUGUCUACCAGAUCAAGGUUCACGGUAAAUACUCUGGUGAUGAUUUCGAUGAAGAUCUCCGUACUGUGCUCCGUCGCUGUGGUUGCAAGGGCGAGAAGAUCUGCUUCAUCAUGGACGAAGCCAACGUCCUUGACUCUGGUUUCCUCGAACGCAUGAACACCCUUCUUGCCAACGCAGAGGUCCCUGGUUUGUUCGAGGGUGACGAGUAUGCCUCCUUGCUUACCGCCAUCAAGGAGGGUGCUCAGCGUCAAGGUAUCAUUCUCGACUCCCAGGACGAACUGUACAAGUGGUUCACGGAGCAGAUCGUCAAGAACCUGCACGUUGUGUUCACGAUGAACCCGCCGGAAGGAGGUCUCUCGUCAAAGGCUGCAACCAGUCCGGCGCUGUUCAACCGUUGCGUGCUCAACUGGUUUGGAGACUGGUCCGAUCAAGCUCUCUACCAAGUCGGCUCCGAACUUACGCAGUCGGUCGACUUGGAUCGCACAACCUACAUUGCGCCUGAUAGUAUUCCAGUCGCCUACCGUGGACUUUCUUUGCCACCAUCUCACCGCGAGAGUGUGGUCAAUGCCAUGGUCGCGGUGCACCAUUCGCUUCGCGGCAAGAACGCCAAGUUGCAGAAGACACAGAACCGCAAGAUGUACCUUACGCCACGACACUUCCUGGAUUUUGUUGCGCAAUACGUCAAGCUGUACAAUGAGAAGCGUGAAGAUCUGGAAGAACAGCAACGCCAUCUUAACGUCGGUCUAGAGAAGCUCCGCGAGACAUUCGACAAGGUCAAGGAACUCCGAGCAAGCCUUGCAGAGAAACAGACGCAAUUGACGAAGAAGGACGCCGAAGCAAACGAAAAGCUGCAGCGCAUGAUUGCGGAUCAGAACGAGGCGGAGCAGAAGAAGGCGGGAUCAAUCAAGAUGCAAGCUAGGCUUGCCAAGGACAAGGAGGAGAUUCAGAAACGACAAGAGGUGGUGAACAAUGACUUGGCUGCAGCCGAGCCUGCUGUCAUCGAGGCACAGAAGAGUGUGCAGAACAUCAAGCGCCAGCACCUUACUGAAGUUCGAUCUAUGCAGAAUCCUCCCGCUGGUGUCAAGCUUGCGCUCGAGGCUGUUUGCACCAUUCUUGGUCACAAGCCUGACAGCUGGAAGACCAUUGUUUCCAUUGUCAGGCGCGAUGACUUUAUCGCCAGUAUUGUGCAAUUCGACAAUGAGAGGCAGAUGACUGCCGCACACCGCAGGAAGAUGCAGAACGAAUAUCUGUCCAAGGAGGAGUUUACGUUUGAGAAGGUCAACCGCGCUUCUAAGGCUUGCGGUCCCCUCGUCCAGUGGGUAUCUGCGCAAGUCACCUACUCCGACAUUCUCGAUCGUGUUGGGCCUCUGCGCGCUGAGGUCGACAACUUGCAGGUUGAGCUGCAAAAGACGGAAGAGGGCGCCAAGGAGACCCAAAUCCUCAUCCAGAACCUCGAGGAGAGUAUCGGACGUUACAAGACGGAAUAUGCGGCCUUGAUCAGUGAGACUCAAGCCAUCAAGGCAGAGAUGUCGACUGUCCAGUUCAAGGUCGACCGCAGUGUGCGACUCCUUGACAGUUUGUCGUCUGAGCGCACGCGAUGGGAGGAGAGCAGCAAGUCUUUCGAUUCCCAGAUCGACACCAUCGUCGGUGACGUUUUGGUGGCAGCGGCUUUCAUCGCCUAUGCUGGUUACUACGACCAACAAUACCGCAAGGCGCUCACAGAGGACUGGUACGACCAUCUCAAGCAAUCUGGCAUCAGCUUCAAGCCAACAAAUCCAUUCACGGAAUACCUUUCCACAGCUGAUGACCGAUUGAACUGGCAACACAAUGGUCUGCCUGUUGACGACCUUUGCACGGAGAACGCCAUCGUCUUGCAGCGGUUCAACCGUUACCCGCUCAUCAUCGACCCGUCCGGUAGGACUAUCGAGUUCUUGCAGAACGAAUGCAAGGAUCGCCGCCUCACGGUCACCAGUUUCUUGGAUGACUCGUUCACGAAGCAGCUUGAGAGUUCGCUGCGAUUCGGUAACCCGAUCUUGAUUCAAGACGCCGAGCAUCUCGACCCUAUUCUCAAUCAUGUUCUCAACAAAGAGUACCAGAAGACUGGAGGUCGUGUCCUCAUUCAACUCGGCAAGCAGGAAAUCGACUUCUCGCCCUCCUUCCGCCUGUACCUGUCUACUCGCGAUCCUUCUGCCAACUUUGCUCCCGACAUUUGCAGUCGUACCACCUUUGUCAACUUUACGGUCACGCAGAGCAGUUUGCAGACGCAGACACUCAACGAGGUCCUCAAGUCCGAGAGACCAGAUGUCGACGAGCGCCGCUCCAACCUCAUCAAGAUGCAAGGAGAGUUUGCAGUUCACCUUCGCCAGCUUGAGAAGCGAUUGCUGCAGGCCCUUAACGAGUCGCGCGGUAACAUUCUCGACGACGAUCGCGUCAUCGAGACGCUCGAGACGCUCAAGAAGGAAGCCAAGGAAAUUUCUGAGAAGGUCUCUGAGACUGCCGGCGUCAUGACAGAGGUCGAGAACAUUACCAAGGAGUACACUGUUGUUGCUCGUUCGUGCUCGGCCAUCUUUGCCGUGCUGGAGCAACUUCACCACCUCAAUCACUUCUACCAGUUCUCGCUCCAGUACUUUACACAGAUCUUCGAAUCGGUGCUGCACAAGAUUCGCAACUCUUCAAUCAGUGGACAUGCCGCCCGCAUCGAACAGAUUGUCACUGAGCUCUUUGUCGAUGCCUACCGCCGCACCUCGCUGUCUUUGCUCCAGAAAGAUCGUGUCACGUUUGCCAUGCUACUUGUCCAAGCAGCACCCUACAAGAUGGACAAGACGCACAUUGACCAGAUCCUUGACCCUGAUCUCAAGGGUGUUGAUGUGUCGACCGAAACAGACCGCAGGCAGGAAGUCAUGGAGCGCGCAAGCAAGAUUCACGUCUUCAAAGAUGUGCUCGACAAGAUUGAUGAAAGCGCCUGGGACGCCUUCCUCAACGAAGAAAUGGGAGAGCGACACGUACCAGAAGCUUGGCCAGAGGAUCUCACCAAGUUCGACAAGCUCCUGCGGGCUCUCAUCCUGGUCAAGCUGUUCCGUGUGGACCGCUUUGUGCCUGCUGUUGAGCGCUUCGUUACUGAAGUCUUUGGCAAGGGUAUUCUCGACGCCAGCGGUGACCUGGGCGACAUUGUCAAGCAAGUGAACGCCGUCACUCCAGUAGCUCUCAGCUCCAGCCCUGGUUUCGAUGCCAGUUACAAGGUCGACAACCUUGUCGAGAGGGAGCAAGUCAGCUGUUCCAACAUUGCCAUGGGUUCCAACGAAGGUGCCGCAUCAGCAGACAAGGCUAUCGCCAACGCCGCCACCACCGGUAACUGGGUACUUGUCAAGAACGUCCAUCUCGCUCCUCAGUGGUUGCAGUCGCUCGAGAAGCGUCUCGAGGCACUCAAGCCCAACCCCGACUUCCGCCUCUUCCUUUCCAUGGAGUCCAGCCCCAAGAUUCCUGUCAACCUCCUACGUGCUUCGCGUGUUCUUUCAUACGAACAGCCUGCCGGAGUGCGCGCCAACAUGAAGGAUUCCUUGUCGUCUUUGGCUGAGAAGGCAACUAAGCCACCGGUAGAGAAGGCCCGAGUCUAUCUUCUCCUGUCCUUCCUGCACGCGGUCAUACAAGAGCGUCUGCGAUACGCGCCCACGCUGGGAUGGAAGGGUUUCUGGGAGUUCAACGACAGCGACUACGAAUGCUGCAGCUUCAUCAUCGACACGUGGAUCGACACGGUCGCUCAGGGCCGCUCGAACAUUGCGCCUACCAAGAUCCCAUGGGAGAUGCUGCGCACUCUCAUCACGGAAAUGUACGGCGGCAAAAUCGACAAUUCAGAAGACUGGCACAUUCUCGCUUCUCUCGUCGACGCAUGCAUGACUCCAGCCGCGUUCGAAGACAACUUCAAGAUUGUCAAGGACACAGAACAUAGCGAGGGUCUCGAGCUACCCAGCUCAACUAGCUGGAAGGACUUUAUGGGCUGGGUCAACGACCUCCCUGAGCGUGAACCCCCAACUUAUCUCGGUCUGCCGGCCAAUGCCGAGAAGCUGCUACUUGUCGGCCAGGCAAACGACAUGGUUGGCGGCCUGAAGAAGGUGGUGGAGAUGCUGGAUGAAGGAGAGCAAAUCAUGGCUGAAGCCGAGUCUUAGAUUCUCUCAGUCUUACGAGAGAGUGGAUACCAUAGUUUCGUGUUUUACUUUUCUUUUGUAAGCUCCGACUUACAUACCUAUACUAGGGAUAACGGUACUUUCUUCACAUGAGGCGUUGGAAGGGUUUAUCAAAGGACGAGGCGUUUUUUUCUUUUGACACAAUUAC